AUGUGUGUAAAGCUCUUAGCACAGUGCCUGAGACGGAAAGAGUUCAACAGUUUCAUUCACAGUGACGACGAUGAUGAUGAUGAUGAUGAAGAAGAAGAAGAUGGAGGGUAUAGCCCCAUAGGACAUCACACAGUACUCACACUGUCAGUGACCAAGAGGCAUCCUCAGGUGGAGGGUGGAGCAAUUUAUCACAACAUGUUAUGCAGAUUAAGUGUGCAAGAGAGCAGAACCAAUACGAGGACAAACUGUGGCACACUCCGAGGCAUGGAUUAUAUGAGUGGAAGAGGUCCUGAGUAUUUCAUAUGCUAUGACCAAAGAGGCAUAUGUAUGUGGCAAACUGAUUCCUCAGAAACCAUUCAGUUAAAAAUCGGCCCUAAAGUAUAUAUAGCUGUGGAGCUUGUCCACAAAACUAUUGGAAUGUUAAAAGCCGGCCCGCCGGCACCCAGAGGGGCAGAACGGAUUGGCCAGAAGUUGCCAAGGCCGAGAGUGGCAGAGGCCGCCCAGUCCAGCGUCCCCGCACAAGGUCUAGGGGGCAGACGCCUACCCUCGCAGCAAACCCGGGCGUCCCCUCCCACUCUGAUGGCUCUUGGAAAACAGCCAAGCCGCACAAAGGCGAGUCCUCGCCCCGGCGGCGUCCCGCGCCUGCCGAGGCAACCUCUGAGCUCCCUUAACCCAAGUCAGUUUCCGGAGGAGCCUCCCGCGCCCCGCAGCCGCAGGGAAACAGCGGGAGGGAGCCCCAGCUCUCGCUGGCCGGGCCCACGGCGCAGCUGCGUUUCCAUUUUCCUCUCAAAGAAAAUGCUUUGGACGGCAGAUAAUACCAAGAGAUAUGAAACUGCUUCGUCCGCCACGUGUUGCACGUAA